GAAAGUCCCAGACAGGUCUCGACAUCCCACUGAAUCGUGACUUCAUUGAAAAAGUUACUGAUGAAUACAACGAGUCUCUGGUGUUCAGUCCAGACGACAGGCGUUUGUUCUACAGCAUCAGGGAGCCCAUCGUCAACAGAGUCUUCUCCAGCAGUAGGCAGAGAGGCUUCGCCAGCAAGGUGUGUGUCCGCUCGCGGUGUUGGGACGCCUGCAUGGUGGUCGACGGCGGGACCUCGUUCGAGUUCAACGAUGGUGCCAUCGCUACAGUCAGCAUGAGCGAGGAGGAUCAGCUCCGGACAGUCCUCCUCGAAAACUGAGAUGAGUCCAGAGCACGACGACACUCAACUGGUUUCUCUCCGGUGUUCAAAUGGAUGUGGUCAAAGGGAAGAACCAGUUUUUAGCUUUAGCCUCUACAAGUGUUGAAUAUUUUUAUACCUGGAAGAAAAGGUAUGAUUGUUACUAUUGUAAUAUUAAAUGUGUGCAUUGUGCAUUUAUUUCCAAAUCAGACUUUUUUUCUUUAGAUUUUUAAUCUUCAUUAUCAACAGGUAGGGCUGCACAAAAAGAUUAAUUACUCAUUGAUUCUAGGGACAAAAUAUGUUUAUUGCACUUUGUAAUGAACAUAACACAUUUCAUUUCCAUGUGAAAAUAAGAUGAGUUCCAAAACUUAUUAACCAAAAUGAAAUCAACAGAGCACUGCCUUCAGUCUCACUGGAUGGAUACGGUGACACGCUGUGCAGCGUCUGUGCUAUGGAUAUCUGAGUUGAUGCUAGACAAGGCCGGUGACUCAGUGCGGUAACGUUAGCAAAUGUAUUUGUCUUGACCUUCAUCGUACUGCAGCUUGUAGUGUUUUUUCGGGUGGUUGAAUGCACUCUUUGGAUAUAAUGUACUUGCUUCACAUCACUUGCACCAAAUCCCAAAUACUUCCAACCGCCAUGAUCGUUUUUGCCUUCUGCUCCAGACAUUUGAAUUUUGUUUUGGCCGUCUGCUCUCGGUUGUAUAUUACCGGUACUACUCUACUCUGCACUGCAGCCGCAACAUCCAGGAAAUGAUUGCAUGCUGUGACAUGACGGCUCCCCAGAAGCGAUCACCCCUGGUGGGCUGGCUGUUUAGUUUAGCAAGCGUUUGAUUUGAUUUGCAGCUGGGUUUCCCAGUAGCGGAGCACACAUUUUAAACAUCAGUAUUGGAGUUUAUCAUGUUUAUUUCUGGGAAGCCAAAAUCGUGAUCACGAUAUUCCAAUAAUUGUGCAGCCCUAUCCACAGGUUAAAACAGGUUAGAAUCUGCUGGGUUGUACUGGCUAUAAUCCAUUUUGUAGAUACUGUGUCAAACAACAUUGAAACCUGUUUUUCAUUGUGUCAAAUCAACAGUGAGUCUGUAAGCAGGGAAAGAGGUGAAAGAUCAGGUAUGAGGAUUGUGUUAGUAGACAGCAAAUUAAAUGUUUAAAUCUGUAUCUGUUUCUGAGUUAGAUGUCGGUCCAUUCUGGUUGGAACAGUGACUUAUCCUGUCAAUAAAACUGACGCCUUCCCUUGAUGAUGAUGCAUGUCUAUUUGGGGGUCAGAUGCAAACAGACAUUGUAAUGUGCUUACACACCUGUGUAUUCAUUGGUUAAUGCUUUUUAAAGGAUGAAAAUGUAAGAUAUUCUAUUCUUUUAAAUUAUUGUCAA